AGUCAUUUUGUAUUCUUCUUAUGCUUCUUCUUCUUCUACUUGUUCAAGGCUCGUUGAUCCAUGAAUCGAGCUCCACAAUCGCUACAACUUUAAAAAUCAACUUCAUGGCUUUGUCUUAAACCAAGCUUUUAACAUCUGGGUCGAGAUUGUUUUGUACUCGGCUUUUAUUGUGACCCGUUCCUUUUCAUAACAAAAAGGCUCUGAUAAGAGACUAUAGAUUUGCAUUAUGGUUUUAGUAAAAGCUGGUUGGUUUUGUGAGGCGUUGUUUAAGUUUUAAUGGUGUUGAUUUAACGGCUGUGGACUUACUAAUCUAACAACUAUGGCUAGGCGUCAUGGAUGGCAACUACCUGCUCACACAUUUCAGGUUGUGGCUAUAACAGUAUUUUUCUUGCUAUCUGUUGCAUAUUAUGCCUUUUUUGCUCCUUUUCUUGGCACAGAAGACAUCUAUGAAUUUGUGGCAAUUGGAGUUUAUUCUGUCUUGGCAUUCUCUGUAUUCAUUCUUUAUGUUCGGUGCACUGCUAUUGAUCCAGCAGAUCCUGGAAUUCUGCUUGAAGUUGACAAGACCUCGAUGUAUAAAUCACAAAAUGGCACCGAGCUGCCUGGCAUUGCAUCUCCCAUUGAAGAGCCUAGCAAGGUAGGUUUCAAGUAUGGAGAAAGAUCAACUAGGCAUGGUUCAAGUUGGUGCUCAAUACUCGGAGGUAUCUUUUGUGGUUUUAUUGUAAGAGCAGAUUGCCGCAAAGAUGAAGAUCUUAUACAACAGCAAUCUGGAGAGGAGGAUGCUUUGUUCUGCACAUUAUGCAAUGCUGAGGUGCGGAAGUUCAGCAAACAUUGCAGGAGCUGUGACAAAUGUGUUGAUGGUUUUGAUCAUCAUUGUAGGUGGUUGAAUAAUUGUGUGGGAAGAAAAAAUUAUGUCACCUUUGUGUGCCUAAUGGCAUCAAGCCUUUUGUGGCUUAUUGUUGAAUUUGGAGUUGGAGUUGCUGUCCUUGUUCGAUGCUUUGUUGAUAAAAAGGGUACAGAAGAUCAUAUAACUGAAAGGCUUGGAGUUGGAUUCUCUCUUCCCCCUUUUGCUACAGUGGUGGCCACAUGCACUGCUGUUUCUUUUCUUGCCACUGUGCCUCUGGGAGAACUAUUCUUCUUCCACAUGAUUCUGAUGCGAAAGGGUAUCACAACAUAUGAGUAUGUUGUUGCCAUGAGAACACAAAGUGAACCACCUGGACCAUCUGUUGAUGGAGGAGACCAGCAAAGUCUGCAAACUUCACCAACCAGUUCAGCUGUGACUGCAGUAAGUGGAAGAAGUUCUCUUGGUAUGAGCUUGCAGUACAAAGGUGCUUGGUGUACCCCUCCAAGAGUCUUCAUGGACCACCAGGAUGAAAUUAUCCCGCAUCUGGAGCCGGGACGCUUACCAUCCACAGUAGAUCCAGAUGCAAUAGGAACUGUUGACAAAGAGAAAAAGCUUCCUCAGCGUCCAGUGCGAAUCAGUGCAUGGAAACUCGCAAAAUUGGAUUCCACUGAGGCAAUGAAAGCAGCUGCAAAAGCUAGAGCAUCAUCAUCUAUACUUCGUCCUGUUAAUUCUCGACAUCAUCCAUACGAUACUGAUCAUUUAUCCAGUAGCAAUGUGAGCAUGCGAAGCAGCCCAAUGAGUAGUCAUCAAGGGUUUCAGUCAAGAAAUACUAGAGCAGGGAAAUCAAAGAGCUCAUAUCCGCCCAGUCGGGCUAGCAGAGAAGAUAGUGAGACAUGUGGUCACAACCUUAGUAACUUUAGUAGUCCCCAAGUCUCCCAUCUCGCCCAUUCUCCAUUGGAGCAGCAGAUUUCAAAUGUAGAUCACUUCAACCCCAUAUAUCAAUCAUCAGCAGAUCAAUCUCCUUGGUCAACAAGGCAGAGUCAAGGCAAUGAAAGUGCUUUCCGUGAGAAUGUCGCACAAGCACCUAAUAGAAAUAAUGCAAGUGCUGCAGAAAAUACAAGAAGUUCAGUGUUUUGGGAUCCAGAAGCUGGGCGCUUCGUCUCUGCUACUUCAAGAGGUGGUGGUUCUUCUCAGGUUCCCGGGGCAGAGCUUUUGUACACAGGACAGUCCAUAUUUUUUGGGGGACCUCUUAUGAAUGAACAACCGACUAGAGGGACAAGAAGCAGUUUAAUGGGUAGUAGCCUGGAUAGAGGUUUGACAUCAAGUAUUUAUCAGGGUAGAUCACAGAGGGGUGGGCAGCUACCUGUGUUUGUUCCAAGUGAAUCUCAUCAAAAGCAAUUUUCUUCUAGGUUGCCUUGAAAACUAAAAUUAGGACAAAAAGUUGUUAUUUUAUCCCAGAUUAAUAGUCAGGAUUUUCUCCUCCUUUUGCUCAA